AUGUCGGCCGCCCUCCCGCCGCCGCCGCCAGGCAUCGACCUCACGCAGGACCGGCGGCCGGACAUCAUCGCCACCUCGGCCGUGACCCUGGCGCUGGCGAUGCUCGCCGUGGCGCUGCGCAUCGUGAGCCGGCGCAUCAAGCGCGUGCCGCUGUGGAUAGACGACUGGCUCAUCAUUGCAUCUCUGCCUUGCGCGUGCGCACACGUCGCUGGCAUUGCUGGAUACGCUGUGAGCCGGGGCUUCGGGAGGCACGUCUGGGUCAACCCGCCCGACGCGGUGCGCGCCUGGGCGAUUGGCCUCUUCACCGCCGAGCUGGCCUACUUUUGCACGCUGCUGUGCGUCAAGUGGUCCAUCCUCGCCUUCUACUGGCGCUCCUUCAAGAUCCGGCAGUCGAUCAAGGUGCCCAUCUGGGCGCUGGCCAUCAUCACCCUGUGCUGGGGCAUUGCCGUGAUCCUCGUCACGCUCUUCCAGUGCGUGCCCAUCCAGGCCUGGUGGCAGCGCUUCGACCCCGUCAACCCCCUCCCGCCAUCCGCGUACACGUGCGGCGUCGACUCGAGAAAGUUCUUUUACGGAAACGCCAUACCGACGAUUGUGACUGACAUAUUGAUGCUCGCGCUGCCGACGCCGUAUAUAUGGCACCUGCAUCUGCCGCGGGGCCAGAAGCUCGCUCUGGCGGGCAUCUUUCUCGUCGGCAUUUUUGUCACCGUCGUGUCCGUCGUCCGACUCAGCUACCUCCUCCGCGGGGACCUCACCAAUCCAGACAUUACCUGGAACUUUGUGGACAUUGGUCUCUGGUCCAUCAUCGAGGGCAAUAUUGCCAUCUUCUGUGCUUGCCUCCCCUUCCUUCGCCCUGUCCUCAGCAAGCUCAGCUUUGGAAUCCUGCAUCUAUCUUCCUACCACUCCAAAGCGCGUCAGAAGCAAUACGGUGGCCAGUACGGCCAGGGCUCCACCCGCAAAACGACCACGACAAACUCCACCACCAACGGCGGCGGCGCAAGUUCCGGCAAGGAUGAGGUGUUUGACGAUGACGACUCGGGCGCCCUCCGCAACUGGGAAGGUGACCGUCGCUUCGGCGUGUCGUCGUCGCACGCCCGCGCAUUUGCGAGCCGAGGUGGCGGCAGCAGCGGGAGUGGGGGCGGCGGUGACCUGGAAGCGGAUGACCGUCCGUUCGUACGGAUGUCUCCUGACGACGGGCGCAGCGCGACUACAGUCGCGGCAGAGGGGAGGAGGGCAGCGCGCGGGAACAACGGCUCGUUCACGUCGAUCGAGCUCCGGGAUCUGGACGGCGGGAGAACAUCGCCGCUAGACGGUAUCGUAGUGACCCGCGAGGUGCAUAUGCAGCAUCAAGCUGUAUGA